AUGAUGCACACACAGCCAGUACUUAGCCGCCCAUCGCGGCGUCCACAAAUUGAGCUUCAUACUCCAGAAGUCGAUUUUAUCGAGAAUCGACUGACAGAGUACCAUCCAGCUUUCGAUGUCAGCAAAGUUCGGUACAGUAAAAAUCAAGGCCAGUUCGUCGCUAUUGUUCCACCUUGUUCCCAGGGCCUGACGGUACCCAAUGUCUCGACACCUUCUCAGGCACGGCCAAUGCCAGCACCUAUCGCAGAGAUGGAAUUCUGGGACAACAUAUUUGUCAUUGCUAUGAAACGCCUUGAUGAGGAGUCAAAUAUUAAGUCAAAAUGGAGCAUUCGACACCUUUCCAAAUGGGAUGAUAUACAAGCUAGGUUGGAAGACGCGCAAAACGAGUAUAACUUCAAUAACCAGUCCAAGACCGUUGGCAAGGCUAGAAGAGCAAUACGAAACAUCCUAGAUAACCACCAUUCUAUUCCUCAACAGAUAGGGAAGGUUGUACCAAACUCAGAGAUUGCUGGUCCCAUUGUGGGUGUCAUAAAUCUCAUGGUGGAUGUGAGUGUGAAUCAAGAACCUAUUCUCGGAAUCAAAGCGACUGACUACAGCGUUGAGGCUUACAGCAAAGCAUCUGAAGUCCGUGAUGAAGUGACUUCCAGCCUGGAAAGCUUACCGGCUUGCUUUGCCAAGAUAGAUCUCUAUCUCCAAACAUUCGAAAAGGAUGAGAAUGUAAUCAAAGCAUCGACCGAUCUUGUGGUGGCUGUUUUUGAGGCAGUCGAAUGUUCGAUCAAAUUCUACACAAGUGUACAAGCCACUAGGGCUGUUGCUGCCAUAUUCGGCGGCAAACAGUAUCAAGCAAACCUUGUCCAAAGUCUGGCCUCCAUCAAGAGCUCUUGCGACGAGUUAGAGAAUCAGGCCAGGAUGUCGUUUUAUCAUUGUAUGAAAGGUGACAAUGAACGCAUGUCCGGAGACCUUUCAUCAAUUAUUCAAGGCAACACGAUGACGCAUGUCGGUCUCGGAGCAAUAAUGCAUGAACAGCAUGCUCAGACUGAGAGUAUGCUCUGGGUGCAGAACUUAGUCAACCAAGUUUUCUCAUUACUAAAGGAUCAAGAGAGAAACUGGCUGCCACAUUCACCUUGCCCGUCCAGGCCUUUGACUCCCCAGCCUUUGACAUUGCCUGUCUUGACACCUCGACAGCUCUGGUCUCAAUUAUCAAUUCCAAAUCUGGAUGAGGUAGACUUGCAGCACAUAGCAGGCCGCGCUGAAGAGAUGUUUCAACAAGACCGAGGUCGGGCUCAACAGAUAGUGACAAUGUCGUUGUUCCGGAGCUGGAUCGACAGCGCCCAGUCGACCAAGCUUCUUAUUCAUGGUAGCUUUAGAGCUGCAGGAGAUGUUUCUCCUCUUUCUACACUCUGCACAGUGCUAUCUCUCACAUUCAGACAGACUGGACGCUUCAUCAGUCUUGUGUUCUUUUGUGGUCGUCACCUCGUGUGGGACGAUUACCACGGAGGCGCUGUCAUGAUACGCUCGCUUAUUGCCCAGGUCCUACGUCAGUAUCCGACUCAGUAUCUCAGUCCUGAAGUGCACAGUUGUUUACGGAAUAUGGGAGAUAUUGACACAUUAUGCGAUCUCUUUCGAAUUUUACUUGGCCAAAUACCCCCAAGCAUACCGGUAGUCUGCCUCAUCGAUGGUAUAAACCGUUACGAGACUGAGGAGUACCUCGAUGAUAUGGCAACAGUUAUCUUGAGAUUGGUAGAACUUGUGGAUGUAUCUAGUCAUGGGAGGAACACGUGCUUCAAACUGCUACUAGCAUCCUCGCUGCCCACCAGAGAAGUGCAGCGGGUAUUCGGUGGAGACCAGAAUGCGUUACUUCAUAUGGAGAACGUCCCAGUCUCUGAAACGACCAUUGGGUUGAACCUAUUUCAGGAACAGCUAGAUCAUCAAAUGUGA